UCCAGCAGCACUCACACUGUUGUGGACUCCGUGUGCCACAAGUUUACUCCUUUGAGCUCCUUUGAGCUCUUCCUGGCCAAAUACACGUGUGCAGCUACACAAAGAGACCUGCCGUGCUGUUUUUUGCUCUAUGGGGAAAGUGUGGAUAAGAUCAGAGUGAUUUGGGAAGUGAAGAGAUUGUCUUUGGAGAGCGAUGUAUCCGCUAUACUCGCAUCUGUCGCACACUUGAUCUGACCGGACAAAAGAAGUGAAAUAUCUGGGAGCUAGUUUUCUGUGUUAACACGGUAAACACGGCGUGUGUUCAUUUACAGUGAUCCGCACGGUACGAGCGGAUUUAUGAAGAAAUAACGGACCGCUGUAGGCCUCUCCGCUAAACUCGCGCUCACUAGCCACACGCUUUUACUUCAGUUUAUCUAUUUAUUUUAGGAGAAAUGGGUCUUAUUUUCGCCAAACUGUGGAGUUUCUUUUGUAAUCAAGAGCACAAGGUGAUUAUUGUGGGGCUGGAUAAUGCUGGGAAGACCACUAUACUUUACCAAUUUUUAAUGAACGAGGUGGUGCACACGUCUCCGACGAUUGGCAGUAAUGUUGAGGAAAUAGUGGUAAAAAAAACACACUUCCUGAUGUGGGAUAUUGGUGGUCAGGAUAGUCUCCGCUCCUCGUGGAACACAUACUACUCCAACACUGAGUUCAUUAUACUGGUAGUGGACAGUACUGACCGAGAGAGACUAGCCAUUUCUAAAGAAGAGCUCUACAGAAUGCUUGCUCAUGAGGACUUGCGCAAAGCUGCAGUGUUAAUCUUUGCUAAUAAGCAAGACAUGAAGGGUUGUAUGUCUGCAGCGGAGAUUUCCAAAUACCUGACCCUCAGCUCCAUCAAGGAUCAUCCCUGGCACAUUCAGUCCUGCUGUGCGCUCACUGGAGAAGGGCUGUGUCAGGGUUUAGAGUGGAUGACCUCAAGUGCUGGACUCAGAUAGCCACCAAUUCUCCCUUUUGGACUGAUUUAAUGGUUCCCAUAUCCCUGGUGGCAUUGCAGGCUCAUCCCAUUGGCUGCUUAUGUUUUUAUUUGUAAUCUCUUGAUCAGAAUUCACACUCUGCGGCUGAACUUUCUGGACACCUACCUCAGCUGGGAUAUUUGGGUUAAUUGAAUCUGGUUUGGCCAACUAGGUCAGGAGCAACUGAAUUUUGUACUGGGUGUAUAAGAGGAGAAAUUCUAAGUAUUUCACUACAGAGGAAGGCAUGUUAUUUUGAGCGGGGACUAUUUAUGUGCUUUAAUAGUGCAGUGGGACAAGAGUUCUCUGGAUGGGUAUAUUAAGCUUAUCAUGUUUUCCUUUAAAUUCAAUGGGGAAAAACAUUCAAAUUAUUUCUAUGUUCUCUAAAUGGUUGGUUCCUUGCUAUGUUUUCAGAUGGGGAAACCUUUAGGUCAUUUGUUGUCAAUUGUAUGUUUUUGGUUAACCUGUUUGGUAUCUUGGGUAUCAAGUGUUGAAGUGCCAUUGGUACCCAGCCACAUCUAAGCAUAUCAGAUCACUUAGUCCAUAUUACCUCAGUCAAUCAGUACUGUAAAGGCUGUUACUAUUUUAAAUGUUGCCGUUACAGCUUGAAACAUCAUUAAUGUGAGAUGCAAUUGAAAGAAUGGUGUUAUUGUUAUUCAUUGCUGUAAGAUAAGGCAGUGUAGCCACUUUUCUAUCAUGCAUGUGUUUGGUGUUUUUAUUUUUUGGCACAUGCUAGAUUGAACAAUGUAUGAGAACAUAUUGAAUUGUCUGUUAGAGAUGUGUGAGGGAUGUUGUGUAUGUGAGAAUCCAACCAAUAUUAUUACUCGCUGUUUUUUAAAGACACAUGGCCCAUCACUGCAGAUGAACUAGCAUCUCAUUUUACAUUAGAUUUACUUGCUGGAAUGAGUUGGAGAUUAUUGUAAAUGUCGUUCUGUGAUCAUAAGGAAAUAAUGUUUAAGAGUAUCUCAGUAAUGAAGCUACAUGUAUUAUAAUUUUAGACACAUUUUGUGCUUUUUCCUUACCCCCUUCCUACAAAAAAUAUUUCACUACAGAUGAUCUGUCAGAUGUCUUUACAGGUCAAAUACCUUUAACACUGUUGUACAGUAUGUGCUAUGAGAAUGUCUGUUGUAUGAGUGGUUGCCAAUUUAUUCAGAAUUCUUCAGGUCCUGGACAUUUUUUAUUCAUUUUGUGUCCUCUUAUGUAUCCAGGUAGCGCACUAGUGCUGAUAUAAUUUCACAUGGUGAUUUUGCAAAAAUGCUUUUUGGUCCAGGCUGAAUAGUGUGCUCUGUGUGUUUGGAUUGAUUUUCCAUUCUCUCUGUGCACUUGUCCUUGGUUAAGGGGAAUACUUGCAAGAGCUGAAUACAGUGACUUAAAUUGGUGCUCUCACUGACAUUUCUCUUGCAACAGUGGAAUUGUUUGCAUAAUUAUUAUUGUCUCUCUAGCUUUGAGGCAUUCCUCAAUGUUGUGGAUGGCAUUUCAACUUUCAUAUCAUAAUAAUGAAAUUCACAUGAGGCUUCUCUGAUUGGAAAAGAAAUCGGAAGAAACGGAACCACUGAAAUAAAUGUUGCUUCUGUGAACAUUAGCAUAAAAAGACAUAGUCAUAUUUAUGUAAUCUCUGAAAUGGGUACAAUCCAGUUCAUCUUUGCUCUUCGCAGUCCAAUGCAUUAUGCAUAUACCGAUGUCCACCAUUCCAAACCACAAUUGCUAUACUUUGAUCCUUUUGACAAAACAAUUUCAAAGUGCAAACGUGUCUUACCCGGCAGAAUGGGAUUAAUGUUUUGCUGCAAAAUGGUUCAAAGAAAUGUAAUCUUCAGUUUCACUGCUGAAGUUCAAGGUCAAGCCAUUCUGUUCUCAGAUGUGCCAUUUAUAAAUGAGCAUGUGGAAUCUGUAGCAACUUUCCAAUUCUUAAAGUUUUAUAAUAAAGCU